AUGGGGGGUGCCAGAGUGUGGGCCUGGGACAUGGUGGCACAGAAACACAUGGGCAGCGCGGUCACCAAGGAAACCCCGUGCCCGCCUCUCCCCCUCCCCAUCUCCGCGAGCCCCCGGCCGCGGCGAGGGCGGGAGGGGCGCGGGGGGCCCGGCGCGGACCCGCGCCCCGGCCGCCCGCACCCCGAUCGCCCCCCGACGCCGCCCGGACUCCGCGCCCUGACCACCCGCUCCCCCCGACGCGGCCCGAACCCCGAUCGCCCCCCCCAGACGCAGCCCAAACCUCGAUCGGCCCCCCCGCGACGCAGCCCGAACCCCGAUCGCCCCUCACCCCGACGUGGCCCGAACCCCGCGGCUCGACCGCCCGUUCCCCCCACGCCCGACGCGGCCCGGAUCCCGCGGCCCGAGCGCCCGGCCCCCGACGCGGUCCGGACCCCGGCCCUGAUCGCCCUCCCAGCCCCGAUCGUUCUCCCCCCCACCCCCGACGCGGCCCGGACCCCGACGCGGCCCGGACCCCAGCCCCGAUCGUCCCCCCACCACGCGUCCGGACCCCGCGGCCCGGGCGCAGCGCCCCAUCCCCGACGCAGCGCCCCGGCGCCCCCGGCCCCGCCCACCGCCCUCUGCGGCCCGCAGGAGUUCUUCAGCAAUGUGGGCAUAGAAAGUGACCCGGGUUGCCAAGGGGAGUGA